AUGUCUAUUUUCAGACCAGCUGGAUCCUCAUGUCGACGUACCACGAUGGCAAGUAUGAUUGCCGCCUCAGAGAAUUCAGUGAAAACUGAAAAUGAAGUGGAUCCACCUACCGUACACCUGAACUGCAAAGUGUGCACACAACCAUACAGUACCAUCACUACAGUAACCACCCCACGGAUUCUUGUUCGAUGCGGACAUACAGUAUGCCAGGGGUGCAUUCAAAACCUUAUGGACCCCCAACAACACCAGGUGAUCUGUCCGUUUUGUCGGAAGGAUACCAGUGUGCCAGAUGGAUUGGUGGAAGAGUUGCCAAAGAACUUUGCGAUAUUGGAGUUGGUAGAGAAAGAAAAUUGA